CCGGAGCUGGACAUUGAUGAAGUCCCCCUGUCGAGCAAGCUUAAAAGGAAGUCGGAGGGUGGCGCAUCGACUCAUGUCAAAAAGCAGCGCAUAGCAGAGGAGGCGCCUGUCCACCCCUUUGUGCAAAAGUGGUUGCAACCCCCGAAGCACAGGGUCGUGGUGGAAUGCUCGGAUAGGUCUGCGUUGGAGCGAGGCUCGGCGCUUGGUUUCGCUUUCCGCGCCUCCGAAGUACUGCGAGCGCCCUCGAGUGUUGAAGGGAAGAAUCUCUGGGGAGAAGUGGCGCGCAUAGCGGCUGAGAUGCUCCAUUUGGCCAAGAAUGGCGCCAUGGCGCAAGAGGCGCUGCGCUUAGGCGAAGUGGAAGCCAACAAUGCGCUCAGCGUUGCACAGGAUGACUUGGAGACAGCGCGGAGGCGCCAAGCAGAGUUGGCGAAGGAAUGUGAGGACGCCAAUCUCGAGGCUGCUAAGGCUGCGUCCCUCUUACAGACAAGGGUGGAUGAAGAAAAGGAGAAGCUGAAGGUGGCGCAUGAGGCCCAACUUGAGAUUCUCAAGAGGGCGCAUCACGAAGAAGUGGCCAGGUUGGUGAAUGAGAAGGCUGAUCUGGACAAGGAAAAUGGCGAUCAGAGGAGUGAAAUCGAUCUCCUCCUUGAUGAGAAGAAGGCCUUGCAAAAGGAGAAUAAGCAACUGAUCCGAGAAGGAAAGAGGCGCCAGGAGGAAAUAGAGGCGCUUAAGAGCGAGAAGCCUGCCCCCCAAGCGCCUGGGUCAGAUUUGGCUGUGAAGGCGCAGGCGUCCUUGAACAGCAUUCUCAUCCUGAAGAGGAAGCUGGAGGCUGACCAUCCCAAUAUCAAGUGGGAUGUCAAGGAGAUGGCUAAUUUCGUCAUCGAUUUUAUGGCUAGUGGGCGCCCCAUCGUUGAUGCCACUCCUGCGCCCCCCGUUGAUCAAGAGGACGAAGCUGCUUCGGGGUCGAGCUCGGAGUCUAGUGAUGACGAGGAUGGGGACGAGGAAAACUGAUCUUCUACUUCAUAUUGGAUUUUCAUGCGUUUAAUCCUUUUGUUGCGCCCACCGAGGCGCCUUGUGUUUUAUUUGACUAUCUUUGUUUGGGUUGUAUUAUGAACAAACAAGUGUCUAUUUUUCUUUCGUAACCUUUGCGCCUUAG